UAUAACCAUAGAUAUUGCAUGUGUGGGAUUACAAAUUUAGAAAAUGUUAAAUCUAGGUUCCAAUAUAAUAGUAGACUUUUUGGGGUAAUAAAGUUGAGAUCCAAGAAGCUCAAAUCAGGAGAAUCAAGUGUCUGAGACAUUAACCUUUUGUCUUUGUGUUCUUCCUUGAAGCUCAAGGCACAGCUGUGCCUUUUGUCUCUAUGAUAAUGUGAAGGUAUCCGUGAUACUGUCAGGCACCUCUGUAUUUAAAUGACACUGUUAUGCUGAUAAGAUCAAGGCUGGGAAGUUGCCAGUGUCUGGAAUCUUCCUGAUUGCAUUUGCAUGCUUUGUUAAAAUGGUCUCCACCUCUACUGUAUGGAUCCCUCCCACUUGAAUGUAUAUAAUCUACAAUGUCUUAAGGACAAUUUAGACUAUUGAUGACUACAGCACCACGCAGAGCGUUCUCAAUAAAGAAUCCUGCUGAAGAUUACCCAAGAGUCUCCUGGUCUUCGUUUCUGAGUUCCCAACACAUGUUAUUAUUAAUUGCAUAUGCAAUUUAUUUAUGUCAUUCAGACAUUUAUCUGUUGGAUUAUAAAUCAUAAAUACGGUGUAAACAUUUGAAAUUUGAGGGGAAAAAAAUCUUGUUUUCAUCUUUAUGAAGCGAACUGGAGGCAGUCUUACCUUAACAGAACAGUCUUUGGAGCAGGAGGAGAAGCGAUGUCCACGGUGAGAGAAGGCCAAAUGCAGGACCUGAUCAUGAUGCUCCUUCAGGGUCUGAACCUCUACACAUGGAAUGCAGUCAUACAGCCGCUUGAACUCCCUGUACCACUACUCAGCAGCUGCACACACGCAUGAAAAGCACAGUUACUUUCAAAAGGAGCAGGAAGUGCUGCCACAGUGUGGCAUUCAUACAUGAAGAGGAACUCCCUCGGUGAUUGGACAGUCAUCUCAGGUUUCCAGUGAGCAAGGCUGCCCGACUGGUGUUACCGAUACUGGCUGCGAGUGAAACUCGGUUCCUCUUGUCUCAAGAGACAUCAGCAAUUUUGGCACUCCAAAGGUUGUGCUAAAAGUCACAAGCCGUUCGAGACGGCGCCACGCCAGAGUACCGGAGGACCGGGGACACUGCGGUUCAGUGUUUGGGGAGCACCGUGGAGGUUGACCAAGCCACUGGUUCCCACCUGAAUGACCAAUUUAACCAGAGACAGUAACCUGCGAGCCACCAACGAAGUUAAAUCGUAGAACAACCAGCAGCCGGUGUCAUCACACGACCCGCUAGGCUACUGCCUGUCAAAUCUCCAUUUCAGGUCCUUCGUUGACCUCAGUUAAUUGGCUACUUAACUGUCUGACUGUUUGCAUCAGUUAGCCCCAAAAUUCUCAUAAACGGCACAGCCCGUAUGAAUAUAGCUCGUUAAACGUAGAACGAACUUGCAUUGGUCUUUUUGUGUGUGUGUGCUGUGCUUCUCUCACCGACAGAGAACCAGGAUGUUCCAGGCAUCCAGUCCAGCAGUCCACGGGGGCCACCUCUCGACAUGGUUGAAAGCAGUGACGACCCCCUUCCUGCCCAAGGACGCCAGUAACCUGCAGCACCCAGAGCAACUAGACACCGAGCUAGAGGAACUGAUGGCACGCGAUCCAAACCAAAGUGACUACUACAGAGAACUCGCCAGGAUCUUUGGAAGCCUAGUUCACAUUCUCGUCGCCCAAGCACGGCUCAGUGAACGGAGCAACAUCGCGGAGGAGGCCUGGAAGUACCAGGCCCCAAUCCAGAGUCAUCUUGAUCAGCUUCUCCUCGAGACCCAGAACCAGCGCGAGAAAGAGGACGACACAGAUCCAGAGCUACAGAAAGGAGUUGAAAGACUUCACAAUGCCCUGCAAGAUCUUCGCCUCGACACAGAUCAAAAAGAACAGCUGGAGAGAGAAGCCAGAAAAGAACUCAACAAAAAACUCCAGCAAGGCGACGCUCUCCUAAAAAGAGCAGAGACUGAACUGAAAGAAAGAGACUAUAAAACCUGGGCCUGCAAAACACACUUGCAAGCGGCCCGAGCUAAAUUCAACAAGCUUACUCUGCAGAGAGAUGAGCUCCAAGAUGAACUUGACACUGUUCACACCGAACUGAGACAAUCUCACAGAUUACAGAGUGGCUGGAUCGGAGAAACGCACACCACAAAAUUUCUCCCGGGCCGCCACUCCAACCCUUUCAGCCAAGAACCCAGAGCUGGAAAAGGGGGUGUAAGCUCACUUCUAAGGAAAUCACCAGCCAACUUACAAGAACACCUGUCAACAACGGAGGGGAGAGAAUCCUUCCAGAGAACGCAUGUCACUAAACCCUGCACUACUCACAGAGAACUUCACAAGCUAGCCAGAAGCAUCUCUACAUUCAAUCCAGAUCCUGCAGGAGGACAUGACGUUCAUGCUUCUUUACAAGCCAUUGACUUUCAUUUGCAAACUGUCACCAACGUGACAGAUGUGAACACAUUGUACCUGUUAAAAAUCACGUCCAGCCGUGAUGUGCAUUGCUUUCUGGAUCGUCAACCAGAGACUGUCAAAAUGUACUACAAGCAACUGCUACAGACUUUGAUUCUUGAAUUCUCUGAUCCAAACUCAGACCAUGGGCUCCUUAUUGCUAUGGACCUCAAACAGGGCCAAUUUGAAAACCCACAGACUUUCUGUAGUCAGCUACGAAAAGCCUAGUACGGAGCAUGCAACGAACCAGGUAUGGAACAGGAUAUCAACUUAACAACUCUGUUCCUCCUAAACCUACAUGCCAGUUGGAGUUUUCAUCUCAGAGUCCCAGCGUGUCCACGUAACAGGACUACACAAGAGUUACGGAACUUAGCCCACAAAGCUUGCACCAAGCAAAAGACUAUUGGUGAAGAGACUGUAAAAAACCCCAAAGUCUCUGUCUCUGAGCACUGCUUGGAGUUAACCCUAGAUGGCGCCCUACAACACCACAGUCACAGACAUUUUUACAGAGAGUCAAUACCGUUCCAAGCCAGCAGAGGGCAACACAGUGCAGCCACGUCUGAGACAGCAGAGAUCUUGAGGGUGCUGAAAGUGCUUCUUCACAUGAAAACUCACAAGGAAGAUGAGCCAAGCACCCAGAACACUGCCCGUCAUCUACAGACCACAGAGCUAACUGUUACAGCACAAAGUGACAACAACACCCAAGCUCCACAGUCAACAGCUGCACACCCUGAACGAGACAGCACAGGUCCUCACACCAGGUACCACAAACACAAGGUACCAGAAAAUGCUGUUUUGACUACCUGCCUUCGCAGCGAGCUACACAAGACCGGUCCUCACCACCCACCGAUCGUCACACCCGCCCUGAUGCCAACAUUCCUGGGCAGCCUUGUCAAAAAGGGGGUGGGCCGAAAAGGAGUCAACAGGAAAGACCUGAUCGACACAGGAUCAAACCUGACGGUGAUCUCAUCUCACCUUUUCAAAAGACUCCAAUUUGAAGCUAAGAGACAAGAUCAAACUCUUACUCCUCAAAACUAUGAACUGAAUGUACAGGUGUACAGACAGAAUGACAUUCAGUUUGAACAGGUUGUUUCCAUUCACCUGACAAUCGUUCCGAUGAGUCUAAUACAUCCCAUGUAUGUCCCACCAAUGAACACUCAUGCAUUGCUCAUUGACAAAGACCUGCUAGAACACUUUGACCCUUUUCUGAACUUCAAACAGCUAAAAGACUUUGCUCAAGUGCGAGAACCUUUUUCUCUCCAGCCACACAGGUUGCUAGAGCCAGACUGUCAGGUCGCAGAGGUCACGGGAACUCCCACAGAGCCAGACGGUCAGGUCACAGAGGUCACGGGAACCCCAGCAGCCAGCCAUGAGUACAAUGCCCUAACGACAGGCUCAAGUUCAUGCCUCUGUACCUUAGUCAACAAAAAGGGUACGGUGGUACCAGCUUACACCAAAGGGGUCCCUGUUCGGCUCAACCUGCAAUGUGAUCAAACCUUACACCACACGCUGGGUUUCUUCCAAUCCUCACCUGAAUGUGUGGAACUCGGACUCACACUUGCAAACAACAAGCAUGUCAAACACCAACACCUGUUCCAGCAAUGUGAUAACAUCACAAAAACACACAAUGUGAUCGUGUACUGGAAGAAGGUAACAGGACACUCGAAGUUACCAAGUCUAGACAAGGACUUUAAAGAUCACACUGACACCCUUGCCAAAACUGGCACACUAAACAACAUUCUGUGGUCACUCACAACCCACCCACCCACAUUCAAGGUUGAAGUGAUUACACACAGCAUAAGAACUUUACUAGCUAAACUGCCUACCUCAGAAUCGCUUACGCUGGCUCCGUUGUCUACACAUACCAACAUAGCGGACAUGCGGGCUUCUGAAACCUCGAUAAUGACUUUGCUUUACCACCUCUCAGACCCCUCCAUCCACCCUGGCAACCAGUCUACAGUCACUGACAAUCAAAGCCCCAGACCACUGCAUGAUACACAAACCAUGCUGCGUGCACAGAACAAUAUUGUGGGUUGUGCACCGUCUGACAUCACAAUGCCAGGGCUUGUAAUGCCACGGGGCAAAAGGGGGAUAAUGCCAAUAUAUUUCCAUGACGCAGCAUGUGCUGCACCACGCAGCACCAGAGCCACUGACAAAACACUGAAGCAAGCGUCAUGCCAGCAGCAAGAUGUGGCAAAACAUGGGCGAGGGCGAGCUAAACCCAGUCGCCGCCCACGAAGCAAAGAGACUGUCCGGUCCAACCAAAGACAGGCCUUGUUUGUUUCUUUCUCCCCUUUCUCUCUCUCUCUCCCUAUUAUCUGUACCAGGAUGCUGCUGUGGUUUGCAGUGCCGUGCUGUCAGCCAAAGAUAGGACAGCUGCCACCGAGAAAACCGCUGAGACUCCUGACUACCGAUGACAGGGCACACUACCCCAGCACUGUAACCGAAUACAGCUGUACAAGGUUCCGAUGGAAAAAGGACUCCCUCACUCACACUGAGGCCGAUGUAAAACACAUGUUCAGCCAACAUGAGAAAGUGACUGUUACACAAAUGGAGUUAAGUGGACACCACCACCGCUCCAAACAGUUCCCGGGAGCUUUGCUUAGAGCCGCUGCUGCCGCCAGAAUGUUUAACAUUGUUAUGUCCAGUGUCAAUGCAGCGAACCAGACUGUAAACUCCUUGAAACCACUGUUUACUGUCUUCCAGAAGGACUUUACACAGACUCAGCUGUUUACAGCGUUAACAACAGACAUGCUGUGGGAGGUUAGCUCCUCCAAUGACAGCCUAACCACGAGUAAAACCCCACCGUACAUGAUACCCUUAAGCCUUGUGUUAACUGUGCCGUCUUACGCCAUCACCAUACCAGCUGACCUGCAACAAAUACACCUGGCCAACUCUCUGGAUAGCGCCUUCCUACGGCACGUCAACCCCAAACAGAGAGAAGUGAACGUGCUCCUGAACCAACCCAUCAGCAAGUCAAGCCAAGUCUACAGACCUAAAGACAUUGUCAGUGUCAGGAUGUGGAAAAGCAACACCCACACCAAAACACACAUUCCAAAUGUGGUGGCCUACCACGACAGCGACACACAGCUGUACCUGGCCCCAAACAUGCACAUGUGUGCUUUGUCCAAAGACAUUCAUUAUCUCUGCCUUAGCAAACCCUUCCUCAGACACAACUCUGAAGGAAUCUGCGAGCUGCAACCCUGGGUCAGCGAUACAUGCUGCCCUGCCGAAGCCAAGCCUCUUACACAAGUCACAGAAACGCAAGCAGAGAUUGUGGGUAACAGAUGGCUCGUCAACACUCCUGUGCGCUCAGCUACGCUGACCUAUGACCAGCAUGACACCGCCACCCGUGCCAACCUGCUUGACCAAGUACUGAAAGGUACCACCCAACACAUUGAAAUUACUCCUGUCGACACAGCCCUCCAAGCACAGCCUCGACAGCCCGUUCUGAACCAGUCAUCUGCGGUCCGAGCCUGGAAUGCUCCCGACACUGCACGGUGCAUCUCCACCGUCAUUGGUCCCGCCCUGACUCUUGGCGUGACCUUCAUCCUAUACAGGAUACUCAACGGAUGCAAACCUCUACAGCCAAACUCAUGACAACUGUGGCUGGAGGUCUCCGAUGGAAUCCCCGGAAAGGGGGUGCCACGUCAAAGACAACACCGAAACCCCAUCAAGCUGAAUCGUCGGCUUCAGGAACCACUUGUCAUCAUGACCCACCUGCUACAUGACCAUCUUGAACCACCUGCCGUCAUGAUCCACCUUUCAUCUGCCCAUAGUGAUGAUUGCCGUCCGAUGAUGUCCACAAAGGGACUUCAUCCGACGGAAAAGGGGGAGAUGUAACAAUAAUGAGCUGAUGGUAUUUCAGUCAUCUGUCCAUACUAGUGAAUUCCUGACUCUUAACACGUUCGGAGCAAAAGACCAGAACGUGAGUAAACAAGGACCUUCGUUGUUUACAUAAUUCACCAUUUUGGCCGCCCUGAAGUCGGCCACAUCCUGCUUUACGUGACAGUUAUUUACUACAAGAAAUUCCAGAGUCACGUGGGCGUGCCUCAAAGGAGACACUAAACCAACCACAUUCCAACAUACACAAAAAGAAACCUUUCGUAAAGUUCCUUACUUUUGUAAGUCCUUAUUAAUAUGUAUUUUAAAUAUGUUUAUGGAUUGCAUAAAAUGGUUAAUCCUUGUUAUGUGAAGAGUAUAAGUUGCUAGCUUAUACUUUAGGAAAUGUCUCUCCUCAUUUUAACUUCCUCAAAGAGAGCUACGUUUCUGCAACCCCCACCCCUGCAGGUCGUAAAACUUUACGACCACCCUGGACACACAGGACAGGAGAGAAGCCAAAUCACUGGUUUCUUUUGAACAAUGCAUUCUAUGGAAUGUAUUCAUUAACUUUCUGUUUUUAUGUUUUAUAAAUGUAUUACGUAUUCCCUUUUGGUACAUUUAGAAAUUUCCCAUAUAAAUUGGGACUAUCUGCAGUGUUAUCAUGUGUUAAUCAAAUCUUUAAAUAUGUGUAAUUCUGCAUUUGAAUGUAACUUCAUGUUUUGAUCAUAUAUAUAUUAUGUUUAGUAUCUUUGUGAUCGUCAUGCUCUGACAGACCCAUUUAUCUAGAGCAAAGUAAUGAAAAAUGUAUGUAAUCUGAAUUACAAACUUGCUAGAAUAAUCCCUGGAAUUUGGACAAGCCCUAGAUCUCCAGGGGGGUUGUCUCCACAGAGACAAAGGAACUUUUCCCUCCGCUUCAGAUCGCGGACUUUCAUUGGCUGUUUACGCGAAAAAGGGGCGUGAACCAUUUCAAGCCAUAAGAACGACCGAACAAGGUCCGCCCUCUCUCUUCUUCUCCUUCUCCGUUCUCGGACACGCUGCUCUCCUGUGCGACCAACGCUUCCGCGCGGCCUUAGGCCGCGCUCGUAGCGCAAGCCCCCUCAGCACAGGGGCUGAGAGAAAAAGCCAUUUUAAUGGCUCCUUUGGAAGCUUUCGUUUGUGUUCUUUUCUUUUCUUUUCUUUACUAAGUUUAUUCAACUAUUCGCCUCUCCACGCAAGGAAGACGAAUUCUGGAACAUUGUUUGUUGAACCUUUCAAAUACCGCGCGAGGACAGAACAAAGGACCACGUGCUCCACGCUCACGCCAAGAUCAAGCGCAGCGUGCACGCGCGUCACAUGGCCUCCGGCACACGCCCGCUGGUUUCAAAAGGACAAGCGCGCAAAGCUCACAAGCUCGACGCCGAUCUCACGCCACGCAUAUUGGACACUUUGCAAGUAUCACUUUCUCUAUGGAGAUUUAAAUGCUGCUUUAAAGUGUUGUUAUGAUCUGAUCGUUGUUGGCUUCCAAAAGUUACUGACUAUGAUUUCCAUACCUGAGCUCCUUAUGUGAUCUCAUUCUAUUUUCUCUCUCUCUCUCUCUCUCUCUCUCUCUCUCUUUUAUUUGGAUUCGGUUAUGUCUUGUAUAAAGCUUAUUGUUUGUAUUGUCGUACGCAUAUUUACUCUGUGUGAUUUGUAGUUUGAUGUAUUACUAGUUUAAUUAUUAAAAACCCAUAUACUGACGAUUGGCUUGGACUCCACCCCACUCACAUUAUGAGUCACUGAGAUGUCUGAUCUAUAGCUACAAGCUCUAAAUUUAGAAACUAAAUUUAUCAUAAGGAUAGGACAAUAUUUUCAUGGCCAGAGAAUACUUUUCCUUGAAUUAUA